CUACCUGAAGGAGUUCCGCACGGAGCAGUGCCCUCUUUUCGUGCAGCACAAGUGCACUCAGCACAGACCCUACACUUGUUUCCACUGGCACUUUGUCAACCAGCGUCGCCGCAGGUCCAUCCGCCGCCGGGAUGGGACGUUUAACUACAGCCCUGACAUUUACUGUACCAAGUACGACGAGACCACGGGAAUCUGCCCAGAAGGAGAUGAGUGUCCCUUCUUGCAUAGAACUACUGGAGACACAGAGAGGAGGUAUCACUUGCGCUACUACAAAACUGGAAUCUGCAUCCAUGAGACAGACUCCAAGGGAAACUGCACGAAGAACGGAGUGCACUGCGCCUUCGCUCAUGGGCCUCAUGACCUGCGCUCGCCGGUGUAUGACAUCAGGGAGCUUCAGGCAAUGGAAGCUUUGCAGAAUGGCCAGACAACAUCUGAAGGAGGCAUAGAGGGUCAGUCUGCGGUCGCUGCUAGCCAUGCCAUGAUAGAGAAAAUACUCAGUGAGGAGCCAAGGUGGCAAGAUACAACGUAUGUGUUGGGAAAUUACAAGACAGAGCAGUGUAAGAAACCCCCUCGGCUCUGUCGCCAGGGUUAUGCCUGUCCCUACUACCACAAUAGCAAAGACAGAAGAAGAAGUCCAAGAAAACACAAAUACAGAUCCUCACCAUGUCCCAGUGUGAAACAUGGAGACGAGUGGGGAGAUCCCAGUAAGUGUGAGAAUGGAGACUCAUGCCAAUACUGCCACACUCGCACAGAACAGCAGUUCCAUCCAGAGAUCUACAAAUCCACCAAAUGCAAUGACAUGCAGCAGUCUGGCAGCUGUCCCCGAGGACCCUUCUGUGCCUUUGCACAUGUAGAACAGCCUGCCCUCAGUGAAGAUUUGCAGCAGUCCUCGGCCGUGUCCAGCCCCACGCAGACAGGCCCUGUGAUGUACAUGCCGUCAGCAGCUGGGGAUUCUGUCCCAGUCAGCCCCUCCAGUCCACAUGCCCCAGACCUUAGCAAUAUUCUUUGUAGGAACAGCAGUCUUGGAAGCCCAUCUAAUAUAUGUGGGUCUCCUCCCGGUGCCAUUGGAAAGCCUCACAGCUUGGAGACCAUUGGUUUUCCACCAGACUCAGUAACAGCAGCUGGCAGCUACAAGAAAGCACCGGGGUUUGAGCGAGAAGAUCAGGUGGGGGCCGAGUAUUUGAAGAGUUUCAAAUGCCAGCAAGCAAAAAUGAAGUCCCACUCACUGGAACACAGGAGCCAGGAGCAACCUUUGUUACAGCCCAAACAGGACAUACUGGGUAUUCUCCCAGUGGGGAGCCCACUGACAUCCAGCAUCUCCUCUAGUAUCACCUCCAGCCUGGCUGCAACGCCCCCGAGCCCUGCCGGCACCAGCAGCAUUCCAGGCAUGAAUGCCAAUGCCCUUCCUUUCUACCCAACCAGUGACACCGUUGAGUCUGUCAUAGAGUCUGCCUUGGAUGACCUGGACCUGAAUGAAUUCGGAGUGGCUGCCCUGGAGAAGACAUUUGACAGCAGCACAGUGCCCCACACGAGUGGCAUCAUGAUAGGUGGGAGUUUGCUGCAAAGUUCUGCUCCUGUUAAUAUCCCUGGGUCCCUUGGAAGCUCUGCCUCCUUUCACUCUGCCUCUCCUUCUCCACCGGUCAGCCUCUCAUCGCAUUUCCUCCAUCAGCCCCAGGGACACUUAAGCCAAUCAGAAAACACGUUCCUGGGGACAUCAGCUUCUCAUGGAUCAUUAGGUUUAAAUGGGAUGAACAGCAGCAUAUGGGAACACUUUGCUUCGGGGAGUUUUUCGCCCAGUACCUCACCUGCAUUUCUGUCAGGUCCAGGUGCUGCGGAGCUGGCACGGCUACGGCAAGAACUGGAUGAAGCCAACGGCACAAUAAAGCAGUGGGAAGAGUCUUGGAAACAAGCUAAACAGGCUUGUGAUGCUUGGAAAAAGGAGGCAGAGGAAGCAAAUGAUCGCGCCAACACAGCUAACAUGGAAUGUGAACUGGCCCGGGAGCAGAGGGAAGCCUUGGAGCUUCAAGUGAAGAAACUGCAGGAGGAGCUGGAGAGGAUCCACACAGGGCAGGACCCGCAGUUCCUGCGCUCCUUCUCUGACCUGGAGACGCUCUCGCUCUCGUCGCUCUACACCCUUCAGAAACAGCUGCGGGCAAACCUGGAGAAGGUCGACAAGGCAGUAUUUCAGAUGCAGUCAGUGAAAUGCCUUAAGUGUCAGGAGGAGAACCGGGUGGUGUUACCGUGCCAACACGCAGUGCUGUGUGAAACGUGCGCCGAAGAGGGCGAGUGCCCCAUCUGCCAUCCCAACAGGCCCCACUCUCUCCAGUCGUGA